AAAUUCGCGUCACACCCACAUUAGUUAGCUCGCACAACAAUUUUUCAACAACAAUGUGUUUUAAUGAACAAGAAUAGCGACAGAAAAGGAAACGUUCGGAUUCACCGCGAUCGGCGGGUCGAGCUCAUUGGGUAACACCCCAGGCGCGUCCGCGCGGUGACUUUGCCCGCUUCGCCCGAGCGCGUUCACGGCGCUGCGCGCGGCUUUUCCGGCUGGGCGCGCAUGCGCGCGGCUGGGUGGGCGACCCUUGGGCUGAAGUUGCCAGCGGAAGCCCCCGGACAUGGCAGCUGUGCACGGGAACCGGCAGCACUCUUUGGAUGGGAGUUUUCAAGUGUUACCAAUGUCUGACACUUUGUCCAUGCCGUCAUUUGCUGCAUACCCAAUGGAUAAGCCCUUCCUCAAUGUUGACUUGAGUCGAUCCCCAGAGAAGCCUGUUAUUGCAUAUCCAGAGAGUAAUAGUAGAGCGGUACUUUCAGCAUUAAGAAACCUUCAAGAAAAGAUUCGCAAAUUGGAGUUUGAACGAACACAGGCAGAGGAAAACUUGAAACGAAUCUCUAAGGAGACAGCAGAGUAUAAAAAAAUGUUAGAUAAGAGCCAACAAAAAGCUGGUGACACACCAACAGAAGUAACACAACAUAAUAGAGCAUUGACAAUUCAAUUGUCAGCAGCUGAGUCUCGUUGUAACAUUCUGGAAAAACAGCUAGAGUACAUGAGAAAAAUGGUUCAUAAUGCUGAAAUGGAACGAGGAGUAAUGUUACAGAGACAGGCAUCUUUGGAAAAGAAGGGCUCUAUGGACCAAACAGAUCUACAAUCAAAGCUUGAAAAACUUGACUUAAUUGAACGAGAGUAUCUCAAACUUACAGCAACACAAACUGCAGCAGAGAAAAAAAUCUGUGAAUUGGAACAAAAGUUGCAAGAGGAAGAACAUCAACGAAAAUUAAUACAGGAUAAAGCUGCGCAGUUGCAGACUGGCCUGGAAAGAAACAGAAUUUUGUUACAAGCAGUGUCACCAGUAGAACCAUCAACACAACCAAGGGCAAAGAAAGUAAAGAACAAGAAACAGCAUCUAGUGAAGAAGCCUUGUACAAUCCAUUCUCAUGCGCAACCCCAUUACCGCUUUAAUCUGGGUGAUAUUCCAUUUGUUGCAGGAAAAUCAACUGGUCCAAGUCAUUCAGUCAGUGCUAAUGUUCAGCAUGUGUUGCAUCUGUUGAAGCAACAUAACAAAAUCUUGUGCAAUGACCGAGUGGUCAGUGAGCAGCCAAUGGUCAAAAAAAAAGUCUGCAGAAUGGCUAAUUCAAUGACUGAAAGUUCCUCUGGAUCUACUGUAUCUUCCAAUUCCCAUGAGGUACUAUCUGAACUAUUGCUGACAUUACAAGAUGAAUUUGGACAAAUGAGUUUUGAACAUCAGGAAUUAGUUAAACAGAUACAUGAAGCAAAAACAAAUGCAAUGAGAGACGACUUGGAGCGAGAGUUAGAAACAUUGGUGAAAAGAAUGGAAGCAAAAGGAGAUCAGAUUGCUAAAGUCCGCAAGCAUCAAGCAUCGCUCAAAAAAUUCCAGGACACAAUGAGGAAAAAGCAUUCUGCCGGAGGAAUGACAAGUCAGAGAAAAACACGUGGUGUAAAUGAAGUGCAAGUUACAACAACUGUAACAACUAAAGGAAAAGAUGCUUCUGCUAUUAAAGUACGACCAGGAAAUAAAACAAAGGGCAACCUUUGCUUGUUAAGGGAUAUGCAGACUUUACAAACUACACUCCGAAAAGAUGAUGUGAAUUGGGGUUACUGAAGUCAUAAAGUUCACACUAUGUUUGUUUACGCCAACUUGGUCAUCUUUACAGCCAAUGAAAUUCUUUUUGAAGUUAACAACUUCUGGGCUGUAAGAAUUUUAAUUAUUUAAUUCCACUCUUCACAGUAAGACUAAGUUAUUAUGUCUUCUGAAUGCAAAAUUUCAAGACCAUACACUUUUAUAAGAACAAAAUUGAUCCUAGUUGAGUGGACCAGUGCAUUUCUGUAAUGAUGCCUUGUAAUUUCAGUGUUGUAUCUUUUGCACAUGUGCUCUUCCAAGUUGCAGGUGUACAGUUUCAUGUAUAUCACUUAUUUGGGAAGUUGAAAAAUGAAUCAAAGACUCAAAUUGGUCACUUGCAGCUUAACAUUAUUUUCUCCUAUAAAUACUGCCCUUAUAUUUAAGCAAAGUUUGAUGACAAUUAAUAUGGACCAAAGUUCAGCAAUGCUUUUAAAUUUUAAGCUGCAACUGAACUUAAUUUUUAUCUGCAGGUUGAUGUACUCAGGGAAGCCUAUCCAAAUAAUGUAUUCAGAAGAUAAACUCAUUUAAAGUGACAAUGCAUUUUUUUUGUAUUUUGUUAAGUAUACAAUUGCAGAUAAUUUUCUGUAUAUAAAAUAUGCAGAGUUUUUGAUCUGGUUUUUAAAAUUUAAUAGACCAUGUUAAUAUUUUUAUAUUUUUGAUGAUGCUGUACAGCAAAAAGUUAUCCCCUCCACAACUUUUUAAGUCUAUGUUACAUUCUUGCACGAUUUGAUGGGUGGCUGUUAACUAUUUAUACAAAACCUGUGUGCUUGCAGCACUUUAUUAAUUAAACCUAAAUUUUUGCUUUAGGUAAGAUUGGAACAACUAAUUUCAUCUAUUUUGAACUCUUAAGACUGGAUGAUAUUUUGUUUAUGCUGGACCUCUUUUUAAGUGUGGGAAAAUCCUUCAAUUCUUCUUGAGGGCUUUGCACACAUGAAGCAGUGUGUCUAGCAAAUUAAUCUUAUUAGGACCUAAUGUGUUCUACAUUUUUCCAUUCAUUAUAUAAUAGAUAAAUGAAUAAUUUGAAAAAGUGGGUGGUGAGUUUUUAAAAACUGUUUUGCUGCACCUUUUUAGAGAGCUCUUUCUAACUCUGCUUAUUGUGACUUGCCUUGUGAACUAUUUGUAGUGUCUGCAUUAAGUUCACCAAAUGGGAUUUUAUUCUUGUUUUGCUUGUAGCAGGUGGUUUGUUUCCUAAGUAUACAGUAUUAUGCAAUACAUGCCAUAAUUUAAUGGGAUUUGUACUAUAUUAAUGGUGAUAAGUAUCAUGAUUGUCCUGAUUUUAAUAUUUCUUUGGCUUGAAUGGAUUGUAUCAUUUACCCAUCUGUCAGUAAGAUGGUGGCUGAGCUCACAGGAAUUUUUCAACAUACGAGAUUACUAAGUUACUAAAACAUUAGUUUAGUUUAGUAGCUAAAUUUCCAUAUUCAAGCUUAUAUAAUGCUUCUUUUGUAACUUAUGAUGAAGUUGUACUAAUAUUUUAGACUGCUUUUGAGCACCCACCUGAAUAUGUGAAAUCUUUUGGAUAGGUUUGAGUCAUUUAUUUUUUCUUUGCACACCUAUAAGAAUGGUUAAACUGUAUUUAUAUUAAGUGGGAAAUGGAAUGUAAUUCAGUACAGGCCAACAUGUCAUCUGUGGAGAUAAGGAUAUGAAAUUGCUAAAGGUGUAAGUGAUUUUACUUGGAAGUGUAAUCUUGUGAUCAAAUGUGAAAUAAAACAGGGUUUUCUAAAUUCAAAAUCUGAAUGUAUGUCAAACAUGAACUGGAAGAAAACAUUAUAAAUAUUUAAAUCUUGCAUUUUGAACAACUCAAUAAUAUUCCAUUAGUGAGCUUGGUUUUUGUGAUUAUUGAAUAGCUAGCUUAAGUUUCAUAUUAAGUUUCUUUAGUGGCAAUUGUCUUUUUUAUGAACACAUUUAGCCCUUACAGCCUAUUUCAUUCAGUGAGGUAAUGGCUGAUCUUCCUCAAAGCCAUUUUCUAGCCCUAUCCCUGGAUCUCUUUUAUUCCCUUAAUAGCCAGAAAUCAAUUACAUUUUUGAAACAACAGAAAACAGCAAAAUUACUUGGAGAAGAUGCUAAUUUAAAGUGGGUUGGGUCCAAAUGUAAUCUGAUGAAGGCAACUCUUUCAUUAUGAUUGUACAGUGGGGCAAUGAUAAAAGACAUAAUCUCCCACUGACACAGCUGAAUACUUCCUGCAGUUUUUGUUAGAAUUGCUCUAAGCUCACCAAAUAGGGCUUUGUGGAGAGUGUUGUAAUAAAUGACAGCAAUAUCUUCUGCCUCACACAAGUCUUUAUUAGGAUAGUAUAGCAGCAGCUGGAAGAAUAUGGUUUAAAAAUACAGUGCACUUUAAGAGUAAUUUCUGCUUCUAUAAUUCAUAUAACUUGCUUCUAUCAAUACAUAGUGCAUAUUGUUUUUACAGCUUGAAGCUGGGAAUACAGCAGAGUAAUUUUAAUUGUUACUGGCGAUAAACUAGACAUUAUCUAAAUUUUUAACCAAGCUGAAAACCAUCAUAACUUUUUUUUUAAUGCUUACUUUGAGAAUUUGCUAUUUAGCAUUCUUAUGGAAUAUGGAGAUUUAUCCUGAGUUUUUAAACAAUGCUUAAACCAAUACAGAUUAUUACAAAUGGUAAAAAUAAGUAGGAAGCACCUCAUUUCCAAGACAGAAGCAAAAAAUUACUUAAGAAAUGGUUGACCAGAUGAUUGCAGAUUUCCAGAGGGUUCAGCAGACAAACUGGAUUGCCCUCUAUGAUCUCAGAACAGUUGUGCCCAUUUGGAUUCAGCUGUAGUACAAUUUUAAGAAAAUCAACAAUAUAUCCAUAGAAAUUAUAACAUGGGUAAACAUUUUUGAAAUAAUUCAACUCAAUUGAAGACAAUGAGCGGGCUUUGUAAUACAUUGUUGCUUGUAUAAAAAACUUACUUUUCAUUUGAAUUUACUUUAAAGUAUCCAUUGUACAAAAUGAUGAACUUCAACAUAAGCCCGCACCAAAGAAGAAAUACUGUGGAAUAAAAGCUGCGAUAAGGGAUGAAGCAAUGUUAUUUUUAUACUAAUCUGCACAUUCAAGGAAGUU